UCCCCGGCCAGCCUAAACUCUGACGAAUGCCUACCCAAUCUCCCUAUUCAAUGUCAUCCUCCAUUGCCUGCCAGCCACACGAGUUCCCUUUCUGCAUCUUUCGCUUCUGCGCAUUUCCCUCUUCUUCCCAUUUCUCCCUCAGCAUCCUUGUCUUUCGAAUCUGCUUCUUCCGCUAGGGGACAGUCCUUUGCGGGGAGUACUCGAAACAGAAAACAGAGCACUACAGCAUGCUUUGGAAAAAGCUACACUCCAACCACCACUUAUCCCUCAUCAUCCUCUUCUCCGCAGUCUUCUAUUACUCUCUCUUCACCACAUAUUCCCAUUGUCAAUAGUCUAAUAGCUCCUGAGACAUGUACUCCUAUUGCAUCUACUUCUCAUAGUGCUAGUGUUGCAUCUAUUUCCUCUUGCCAUGCACCUGUAGCACAAACCACCCUUAGCACCAUUGUAGGUCCUGGUCGACUAAUACAACCAAGUGAUGGUUCCUGUGGGUCACUGGGUCGUCGACAGCGGAUCAGGCCGCACCCUCCUAGGCGCACUACGCCUGUAAAGCUGAGCACAGCCCUCUUAAUUUCUAACACGCUCCCAGUAGCAGCUGCUACUGAUAACGUUACUUCACAACGAGGGCCGACUGGCUCGGAUCAAACAUUGGCGUCAAUGCGCUCAUUCUAUUCUCACCAUCAUCACCACCAACAAAGUCUAUCUGCAGCUUCGGACCUGAUAGUUGUCCCUGCCGGUGAACCUGGCUUCUCUGGCUCUGAAACAAUGGCAACUUGCAUGACUAAUUCAGGUUAG